CUCACCCGCGUCAUCAUGUGACUGGCUCAUUCAAACAUGGCGUCCGGGGUAAACAAGACGUCUGGGAGGUUCUCGGCGGUUGUAAACGUGAUAGCGGUUUUAGCCGGGUUGUGUUUAAUAUGUGAGCCUGUUCGAGGGGAAAUACGAACCGCUGUCAUCGACAAAGCGAGCGGACAGCUGUCUGUCGUGGAGGGAUACAGAGAAGAUUUUGUGGCGUGGGCGAACUUCACUGAUGACAUUAAAACAUCGGGCUGGUCGUUCUUGGAGGUCACCACCAGCAGUCAGUACAAUGACAGUAUCCAGGCCUAUGCUGCUGGUGCAGUGGAGGCUGCAGUCACAUCUCAGCUUAUCUAUAAGCACUGGAUGAACACUUUGAUGGGUUACUGUGGGCCCUUCACGUCUGAAUCCGAUUACUGUCAGCGCCUUAAGGCUUUCAUUGCAACCAAUAUGCAAUGGGUUCAGGAGCAAAUAGAGAAGCAGCCGACUUCACCCUACUGGUACCAGGUGCGUCUGGCACUGCUGCAGCUGAAAGGACUGGAGGACAGCUACAAUGAUGAGCUGUCAUUUCCUCUUGGGUCAUUCUCCUUCAACCCAUUUGGUUUUCUAAUCUUCCAACUGGGCGGAGAUCUGGAGGACUUGGAAUCGGCUCUGAACAAAUCCAGCCAAACUCGACCUCUUGGAUCCGGCUCGUGUUCUGCACUCAUUAAGCUGCUGCCAAACAAUAAGGAACUGCUGGUGUCACAUGACACCUGGAACACCUACCAGGCCAUGCUGCGCAUAAUGAAGAAAUACACCUUUGCCUUUAAAGCUUCUCCUUUAGACAAUGUUUUUAUUCCUGGAGGAACUCAGGCCUUCUCGUCUUAUCCUGGAUCGAUCUUCUCUGGAGACGACUUUUAUAUCCUGAGUAGUGGCUUGGUGACAUUGGAAACCACCAUCGGCAACAGUAACCCGGCUCGCUGGAAGUUUGUUCAGCCAACAGGAUCCGUCAUGGAAUGGUUGAGGAACAUUGUGGCCAAUCGAUUGGCUUCUACUGGCGCCGACUGGGCCAAGAUCUUCAGCAAGUACAACAGUGGAACGUACAACAACCAGUGGAUGAUUGUGAACUAUAACCACUUCACUCCGGGGAAGACCGACAUUAAGGAGGAGCUCUUUGUUGUGCUGGAGCAGAUUCCGGGACUCAUUAUUUUCACCGAUAAAACUCAGGAACUGCUGGAGAAAGGGUACUGGGCGAGUUUUAACAUACCGUAUUAUGUGGACAUAUUCAAUGCCAGUGGCUGCAAUGAGCUGGUUGAGAAGUACGGCUCGUGGUUCUCUCUGGACCAGAAUCCUCGGGCUCAGAUUUUCAGGAGAAACCAGACAGCUGUCACAGAUAUAGACUCGAUGGUCCGCCUCAUGAGGUACAACAACUUUAAAGAAGAUCCGCUGUCAAAGUGCGAUGGCUGUGAUCCACCUGCCAACGGAGAGAAUGCUAUCUCAGCCCGUUCAGACCUGAACCCGGCUAAUGGAACAUAUCCGUUUGGCGCCCUGAGGCAGAGAUCACAUGGAGGAACAGACAUGAAGAUGACCUCCUACGGGAUGUACCGUGACUAUGGUAUGGUAGCAGUGAGCGGGCCAACGUGGGACCAGGUGCCUCCAUUUCAGUGGAGCACUUCCCCUUACAAAGACCUGAUGCACAUGGGGCAUCCUGACACUUGGGCAUUCAAGCCUAUAAAAGUCAACUGGACUCCAUAAUUGUUGUCACACUGUAUCUACAAGUAGCAUGAUGAAUAUAAGUACUGCCAGCUGUGCUUUAUGAAGUUUUGACAAAGGGAAAUGGUACUUUUAAUUCAGUGUGACGUGACUUUGAACAAAAUAGUCAUGUAAUUGAUUCUCAGGAGAGUGGCAAUAAUAUUUCAAGUUUUUACAGCAUUGCACUAUUUACGUAAUUAUGACACGUAAAACUUAAAGAUAGAUUCACAGUAUGAUCAAGAGCAACUUCCCCACUUUGCUAAAGUAAAGUGGGAGCUUUUACAUUAGAUAAUAUCUGAUUUUUAUAUUAAGUUGAUUCUUUCACUGAAUUUGUGAAAAUGUCAGAUCCACUUGUUUUCUGAUGGCCUUUUGAUUUACUGGAGUUUCCACAGGAUUGUACAUUUCUGAUUAUUGAUGCAUUUGCAGAUUUUCAGUCACUGUGAAGAUGAAUGUCUUAAUCCUGAGUUAGAUCAUUUUUGAGAAAUUCUUAAAUGAGGCAUUGUUGGAAUUAUUUUUUGGGAAUAUUUUUUAAAUAAACUAUGCUCUGAUUGUU